GCUGGGCGGUGCCUCCGCCAAGGGGCACGGGGUUCGGGCAGCCCGCAGCCGCUACAGCCGCAAACGUCGCCAUGCCGGUGGAUUUGGCCAAGUGGGACGGGCCGCUGAGCCUCUCCGAGGUGGAGCAGAAGCCGGCGCAGCCGCUGAGGGUCAAGUAUGGCUCCGUGGAGAUCGACGAGCUGGGCAAGGUGCUCACGCCCACUCAGGUCCAGCAUCGCCCCACCAGCAUCGAGUGGGACGGCUGCGAUCCCCAGAAGCUUUACACCCUGGUUCUCACAGACCCUGACGCGCCCAGUCGGAAGGACCCAAAGUUCAGGGAGUGGCAUCACUUCCUGGUGACCAACAUGAAGGGCAACAAUGUGGGCAGCGGGACCGUGAUGUCGGAUUACGUUGGCUCUGGCCCUCCCAAGGGAACAGGGCUGCACCGUUAUGUGUGGCUGGUGUACGAGCAGCCCCAGCAGCUGGCCUGCAGCGAGCCCGUCCUGUCCAACCGCUCCGGGGACAAGCGCGGCAAGUUCAAGGUGGCCGCUUUCCGCAGCAAGUACGGGCUGGGCGCGCCCGUGGCGGGCACCUGCUACCAGGCCGAGUGGGAUGACUACGUGCCCAAGCUCUACGAGCAGCUCUCGGGGAAGUAGGGCCAGGGCCCCCUGGGUGGGGCAGGCACGGGGCUGUAGUUCUGUUUUGUUAAUUCUUUGAAUCUAAUUGUCCUGCUCUGACCUGGAAAUGUCAGUGUUGCUGUCCCUGCUCCGUGUCCAGGCCUGUGCUGAUGCUCGUGGUAUCCUAGCUAGACAGCUGCUGCUGAGUGUCCUGGAAGGGCCACUCCCUCCAAACUGACCUGCUUAAGGGAAUCAAAAGCUUUUGUGAAUUAGUGUCGAUUCAGGGGGUCUCUGCUGUCUUGGGGUGGCAGGGGUGUGGGUACACAACCACUUUGGAGUGGUGCUGGCUGUGGAGACUCUCUUUUCCAGGAGAGUAGAGGGCAGUUAAAGGGAAACUUCCUCCCCCCCCCUUUUUUUUUUUCCUUUUCCCCUUCCUACAUUUAGCCAGUGCCUUCACAUCACCACUACAGUAGUGAAGGUGCAGCUCGAGGAGCUGGCCUAGAGCACUUCCUUCUGUUCUCUGCUGCCACUCAAAGCUGAGACCACUUUGUUUUGUUCAGUCCUGUGGUGACCCACCCUGUGCACACAGUGCAAUUAAAAACUUCCCAAGGCC